AUAAGUCCAUUAAUUAUGACACCGUUACGUGGACAGAUUUUUCAUACCAGUCUGAGACAUCAAACGAAAUGUCUGUGCUCUUGAAAAUAUUCAUUUUGGUCAGUUUGGUUUCACUUACAAGCGGCGAAGAAGGAUUUUUUGAUAAACUGAAAAAUGGACUUGCGAGCAUGAGGAGUUACUUGGAAACGGUUAAAGAAGUCGCGGAGUUAGUAUCCAAGAGUUUAAAACAACAGAGCGAUCGUAAAAAGGGUGAUGAGAGCACUCAAAGUGAUGGAGGAAAUCAGAACUUUAACUCUGGAAACUUGGCGUCUGCGUUCUUUCGACUUCUUGGUUUAGACUCACCCAAAAUAGCCGCGAUAACUGUCAACUCUGCGAUAUUUCUUGCACAAGUGAUCGCAUCAUUUUUUGAAAUAAAAUCAUCGAGAGAUGAAUCGGAUGAUGAAAUUGAAUUUGAUCCUUUCCAAUAUAUCGUUGAAUCUAGAGAUGAUAAGAUAAAAAAUUUACUACAACAAGCCCAAAACCCCGAACUGCCGCGUCAACUAAUUGACCAACUAGACGGCAUGGAUUUGUCAUGCGUCAAACUUCUGAUGUGCAAAAUAUCGCCGUUCAUUUUGAAAGCCCAAAAUUCUUUGAAGAGCGAUAAGAAAAGUAGUUCCCGUCGAUCAGAAUUCGUUUCCUGGCUGCCGACUCAAGAAGUAUUUGAAGAAAACUCUGAAGCUUGUGAACGAGAGCACGAAGACUGCAAAGUUUUUCCUGAAGAAUUUUGAUUUUUUUGUAAAUGUGAAUGAAAGAUAUCACAAAUGAAAAAUACAAUAGGGAAGCACAAUAACGAGGUACUUUUUAAUUUUUGUCGUGGUAUUAUAAUUUAAUAACAAUUAUCCAUUAGUUUUAGGUG